GAGCCUUGGAAUGCGUCACUGGUCCUUGCCGCGCUGGAUAAGCAGUUCAGAGUGAUGGGCGUGCCCUCCUUUACUUCUGCUUUUGGGAAGAAAGCUCACGCGGAUCUUGUUUCGUAUGAGAAUCUUCGUGCCCAGCGUGCUCGUGAGAUUGACGAGCUCUACACACGACCUUUCGAUGACAUCGUCGUGGAAGAGUUUAUCUCCAAUCUCCCUGGACCUACCAUCGAGGAACUGGACGAGCCCAUGGAACAAGCUGGCGGCUCUGCCGAGGCUGCACCAGCGGACUCUCCCUCUGGAGAGAUGGCUGGUGCUAGUGAAGCAAAACAAGAGCCUGAUUUCAGUGCGCCAAUGGAUACCGAUGCGCCCGAAGGCUCUCCCUCUGGAGAGGUAUCUGGUGCAAAGGCUGAGGAGCCAGAACGUACUUGGUUCCCGCCUACGGCACAUCCUGAUGAUCCGCGCCUGGAGGAAACCAGCGAGACAGGCGACCAUGCGAUGGGAAGCUCUCCGUCUGGAGAGGCACCCAUGCCUGAUAUGAACUUCUCCGCAGAAGCCUCCAACAACAGGGACAACCUGUACGAGCAGGGCAUCUGGGGGAAGACAAAGACACGGGUGGAGCUUGGGGCUUACGAGGCAGAGUCCAAGGCCACAGCCGCGGCGGAGGAAAAGCAUGAGGAAGCUUUCGAGAAGUACGCGGGUGAGAAGGAGAAAGAAGGCCUUGCCGACACUUCUGACUUCAUGAAUUUCCAUGAAGCUUAUCACCUGACGGAAAGACUCAGCCCGCUCAUGAAACUUUCCGACCAAAUCCACGGCUACGGCAAGGUUGGGCUCUACCACGACGACAUCCGCCUCGACAAAAUCGGUGCCUUUAAGGUGCAGCACAUGUAUUUCCGUCAGAAGGCUCCUCAUCAUGCUCAUAUGAAGUUCAACUUCUCCGAGGAGGAUCUGAUGGAGAGA